UGCUUCUCAAAAUCUGGCGCAAAGCAACGCAAAAAACAGGCGUCGUUUAAAUGUUUUUGAAUUAAAUGUGACAAAUCCAAGCGACGAAAUGCCUGGUGAUAUAGGAAACCAACUGAAGGGCACGCGCAGCGAUGUCGAGGCCGCCUGCCGAACUGUGGAGGCGGAUUUCCGCAAAAUCACGGAUGGACUGCAACGCGGCGGCACAACGGACGCCUUGUAUGCGCUGCGCUACGAGUUGAGUGUUUUGCGCCAUAUUUGCUUUGCCGUCAAGGAGAAUCCCCACCAGAACAGUGAUCUCUUCGGGGAUAUAGUGGCUGUCAUGCUGCCCCACGUGCGUCCUUGCGAGGAGAAAGCCAGCCUGUGGGAGGCGCAUCUCACCAGCCUGCGCUACAUCCUGCAUGGCCUGUGCCAGGAGCGAUCUAUAGGAGCCUGCCAGAGGCUGUAUGGCCUCUUUCGAGCGGAACCCUGCCGCCUGCAGGAGGAAACGGACCACAAAGUAUAUCUGGACAUCCAUUUAGCCCACUUUAAUGGCAUCUAUACACUGUUGCAAAAGCAACUGCUGCCCCUGGAGGCCUCCAGCCAGCUGUGCCAGGCCCUGGAAUCCCUGGGAGAGCUUUUCGAGGCCAUACGCGUGAAGAAAAUUACAAAAACCGGGCCACUUUUAGAGCGACUCAAUGAAUCAUUGUUCGGCAAGCGCAGCAAGACGUUCCACAAGUCGCUAAGCCUCCUGCCCUCUGAAAGUCUCACCAAGAUGCUCGGCUCGUUACUAAAACUGCUGGCCAGCAGUUCCACCUCGGAAUUGAGUAAACAAUUCAGCGAGUACUUAAGCUUUAUGCUGGCUUUGGUACAGAUCGACAUGCUAAGCCCGGAACCGAGUCCACAGCUGUCUUUGCAGCUGCUGCGCAUGUGCAAGGAGCUCUACCGCCAGGAGACCAACCUUACCUACGCCCUGCAGCUGCUCUAUUACUACCUGAAGCUGCUGUACGUUAGCGAAGUUACGCCCAACUUUAAACGCACCUACAUUGACCUCAUCAGGAAGUUUCAAAACUUUCUUGAGCUUAAGGCGGCCCCACAGGCCACGGAGCAGUGGCUGACAGACCUGCUGGUGGCCAUCCAGCGACUGCAGACUUUGGUGCAGCAAAGUAGCAGCAAACUGCAGUCACCUUUUCAGGUGUUUUGGCAGCAAAUGGAGGGCGAAGACAGUCCAGAGGCAUAUGCAGCUCACUUUCAGCUGCUAAACAGCUGUGCGGGCCUGGCAGUUAAUGUAACCCGGAGUUCCUUGGCCAUCAGUUGCCCUAAUGAGAGCUGUACAAGUGUGCGUAGGCACUGCAUGCUGGCCUUUGGCUUGUGUGCUUUGGAUGCUUACAUCAAUUGGCAACCAAUGCAGGAGCAAAAGAAGGAUAAGGCUCCUCAUAAACCCCUUCUGGGCAUUCUCACCUUGACCUUGGAUGUGGCCAAGAGCCUCAAGUGUCUGGGUUCUGGCAGCACGGAGCUGAUCAAGCUGGUGCGCCAGCUUACUCAUGUGGCUGAUAAGGUUUCAUGUCCUGAGCAAAUGUCCUUGCUUUGGCAUCUCCUGGGACCUUUGCAAAAGCUGAGACCCAUGAUUACGCAUCAGGAAAUGCGUGGGCUGCUGCGGCGAUUGUUCAAGGCCAGUGUAUAUUGCAAGGAUCCCCAGAUGGCCGGAGGCCUAUGCGCCAGCUACUUGGCUUCUAUUACAAAUCCCGCCCGUUUGAGGUCUCAGAUUUGUACGUAUUAUCACCAGCAGGGCAAGGAGGAAAGGGAGAUUCAGAGGUGUGUCUACGAGUGUCACGAAUCCUGCCCCUUGCCUUAUCCCCUGACUCCCGCCGAAAAGAAGCAACUGUACGACACGGAUAUGUUUGCAGUGCUGCAUUAUGUGAGGAGUCCUUCUGUUUCACUUUUGAAGUCUUUAAUACGCUGUCGGUUGAGUGACUAUCAUUUGGUGCUUUUGGCCAGGCAGUUGCGCAGCGAUGGUAGCAUAUUGAAGGAGUGCCAAGAGCUUAUUGCUAAGCUUAAGGCUAGGAGCUCCCUGAACCGCCUGGAUUAUCUAUCCCUGGGUCAUGCCCAUGUCAGUUUGCUAUUGGAAGCCUUGGAGUCGCAAAAAACCACAGUUUCCUCUAAGGAAACAGGUGAAAAUCUGCUGGAAGAGCUGCUUCUGCGGCAGAAUCUAUCAGAGAUCAAUAUCCAAAGGGAACAGCGUCUGGUUGACUUGGCCAGUGAAGCCAUUUUAGGCUUUAAUAACUUCUUUUCUAGAGCGGAUGAAGAGCCUCUAAGUACAGAGGAGACAGCCAUAGACUGGGAGGUCUUGAUAGACGAUGCUGUUUCCGCCGCCAUGGCCUUGUCCACCAUGGGCUAUCAGGCUGAGGCAGACCAAGCCUGGCUGAUGCUUUUAAAGAUUGGCAGCUUACUAGAGGAUCGCUUUACCUAUCUACGCGCCUUGACACACUUUUUGGCUCAGCAGAAAGUGGAUUCACGCUUAAAACUCGAUUUGCCCCAGGAAGUGAAGCGGGCAGAGGAAAUCCUGGACGAUUUAUGGCCACAGCUGCCUAGUGGCAGAUUCUUCAAGCGGCAAGACACCACGGUAAUGCUUUGCCUAUGCCAACUGGCCAGUUAUUAUGCCAGACAAGAGUGCUUCAGUCAGGCUCAGCUCAUGCUCCUCCUGGUAGAGCAAAUACGUGAAGAGUUGCCCGAACGUCUGGGAAAGAACGACAUAGUCUCGAUCACCCUGCAAGCAGUACGCUUUCGUUUGAGUUAUGAGCAAAAGAACCCCGAGGAACAUCCUAGAAUGCCCUCGCCUCUCCGACAAUUGGACACGCUGCAGGAUAAUGUGAAAAACUUUUGUAAUCUCUCCAGCUUGGAUGGAAGCUACCUGCAGCUGCUGCUCUCGUCUUUGGUUCGCGAAAGCACAGAAUGCUCGGCCAACAGGCUAAGCGAACGACUGGCCUUCUCCAAUAUUGUGCUCAAGUUGGUCCUGCAAUCGGGUUUGGCUUUAAGGACCAUUGAGGUGUUCCUGGCCUGGCUGUGGACGAAUCUACAAAUGGAGAACCUAGACCGGGCUCAGUCCAAGCUGCGACUCCUAGACCACUGCCUGGGCAUCAAGCGUUUAAAGCCUAAAGAAGCGGAGCCUGUAAAGAAGACAGUCCCGGAUCCAACCUUGAGUGAUUUGGCCAGCAACAUGCAACUCCUGCAGCUGGUAGAGCCCAUUAGGAAGCAACAGCAGCCAAUAGAUGUGGACUUGCCGAGCAUACUCAGCCUACGGCCAAAUAGUCCCAGUUCCCAGAUUAAUCUGAAUCAAUACUUGAACCUGAGCGAGGCUCCCUCGGUUUUACGUGGAAAUUUCCAGCUGCAAAGCACCUACUUCAUAAUGGGUUGCCUUCAUGCACGCCUCUGCUUCCUCAAGAGGGAUAGCGACCAGCUGGAAGACUUUUAUGAAAGCGCGGAGAUCAGGCUGCAAGAGAAACCCGAGCUGAGCGCUUUCAUGGGCUCCAUGCUGCAGGUCCAACAGCUUUAUAAGGCCCACUAUCUGCGUUUUAGGGGACAGCAUCUGGAGGCCAUAACUGUGGCUCAGCUGGGAUUGGAAACGCCGCUUCAAGCCAUGGAUAUUGACUAUAAUUACAACUUUAUGACGCAGAUGAAGACGGCGGAACGGGAGAUGAUGCCUGAGGAGGAGGAGAAGGAGAAGGAGAAGGGGGUAGAGGAGGAGGAGGAGGAGGGGGAGGAGUUGGAGGAGGAGGCUGAGGCGGAAGAGGUGAAAGAGGCGGCAGAGGCAGUGCCCAAGAAUCUACGAAGAGCCUUGAAUUUUAAUCUUUCACCGGAAAGGAUAAAUCAAACCCCUUUGGCGGCCAAGGAUAAGGAAUCCCACUGGAAGUCCGCCAGGAAGGGACUCAAAUUUAAGAUUUUCUCGGAUUUGGAACUGCGCCCGCCAAGUUCUGACAGUAAUAGUAGCAGUGGCAGUUCCAACGAGAAUACUCCGCCCUUGAAUUUGGACGCCUGCCAGGCGAUCGUGUUAAGCGACGAUGAUGAGUCACCAGUUAGCUCCUUGGUCAGUUUGAAGCCCUACGCUCUAACCAAGACCACGGAGAAACCAAAGCCCUCCAUCUUACCCAAGACCACGGAGAAAUCAAAGCCCUCCUCCGUACUCCCUACCACCGAGAAAGCAAAGUCCUCUGUCCUAACAAAGACCACUGAGAAACCAAAACCCUCCUCCUCUUUAGCUGAAACCAUCGAGAAACCUAAGGCUUUUCCCUUACCCAAGACCAUCUCCUCCGCCCUUCCUAUCACUGAGAAACCAAAGCCCUCCUCCCUAAGCAAGACCACCAAGACACCAAAACCCUUAUCUCUACCCAAGACCAUCGAAAAACCAAAACCCCCUUGCCUACCCAAGACCACUGAGACACCAAAACCCUCCUCCUCCUUGCUCCCAACCAGCGAGAAACUAAAUUCCAAAGCCAAAUCCAAACUCAACAUGGCCAUCUAUGUGGAUGAUAGUAUGGAGGAGGCAGCAGCACCAACGCCAUCACAGAAAGUCACCGGACGUAGCACCAGGACAGCAAGAGCCACCAAGCCACCGGAGGAGACACCAAAGACUGCGGCGCCCACUUCCAGGAGACUCCGACGAGCGGUGACAGUGCCGGAACCAGAGCAACCCACAGAACCGGAGGCCACAGUCACGGGCACACGGAGUCGUAGGAAAAAGUGACUUGGAGACUAAUUUACUUAGUUUGUAAGUUUUUUAUUGAAAAAAGUGAGUUUUUACCUAUAUAUAUAGCAUUAUUUUGAAAUAUAUAGUGUGCUAAGAAA